AUGAGUGGAACCAAGAUCGAAACAUGCCCCAUGGGCUACCAUCGGAUUGAGAACAUUCAUAACGGCAAGGUAGCCAGCGGUACCAUCAAAGCUGGUGGGCAAGACAAAAAAGCUCCCGGAACAUACAUCAAAUGGAAUGCGCCCGGUGUUGAAAAUAUCCCAGAUGAUGAAGAAGAAAAGAUUAAGCAGGUGUCUGCUCAGUUCAAUCGGUUCCAGAUGAUGAACUUCAAUGAGCAUAUGCAUUGUCUCAGAGGCACGCAUCUGAAGACACAAGGU